UAAUUAGGUUGAAGUGUUUUUGUAGAAUAUGGUAUUACGUUCCACAGUUGGUUGCCGUAAAAGCGUUUUUAAAAUGUUAAUCACGUUCAUCUCUAGUAAUUGAUUGAGUUGGCAAAAACAUGUAACCUUUAUGAUAUUAUGCCCAUUUAAAUUAAAUUGGGCAAUCAUGGCUGAGGAGACAAUAAUUCUCAUAUUAUUAGUGUUGGUUAUGCUUGUGGGGUCGUAUUUGGCAGGUAGCAUACCGAUGUUGAUGAAAUUAAGCGAGGAAAAACUAAAAUGUGUCACUGUGCUAGGAGCUGGAUUGUUAGUGGGAACUGCUCUAGUCGUUAUUAUACCAGAGGGUAUUCGAUCAUUGUAUGUCGGGAGUGCACAAUCCCAAAAUCGAACAUCGGCUCCGGAGCAACCAGAUUACUCACAAACCAUUGGACUUUCCCUUGUGCUUGGAUUUGUCUUCAUGAUGUUGGUGGACAUCUCUCAGCGAAAGAGCAAUGUUGGAAUUAAUAAAAAAAACAAUGCCACACUAACUCUAGGAUUGGUUGUGCAUGCCGCAGCUGAUGGAGUUGCGUUGGGAGCAGCUGCCACCACUAGCCAUCAAGACGUUGAGAUAAUUGUAUUUUUGGCUAUAAUGCUUCAUAAAGCACCAGCAGCAUUUGGGUUAGUGACUUUCCUACUUCACGAAAAAGUUGACAGACAUCAAAUUCGCAGACACCUAGUCUUGUUUUCACUGUCGGCUCCCCUUUUGACUAUUCUAACUUAUUUUGGAAUCGGCCAGGAGCAGAAGGAUACGUUAAAUUCUGUAAAUGCCACUGGUAUUGCUAUGCUAUUUUCCGCUGGAACAUUUUUGUACGUAGCAACUGUCCAUGUUCUACCAGAGCUUACUCAGGGGGGAUUGACGAAGAGCGAUCAGCAUGAUUAUCAUCUGCUAGAGGAAUCCCGCGAUGCUACGAAUGACAUAUGUGGAGGCAAUAGUAUACAAUCAUUAAAAUAUAGUGAAUUGUUUAUUAUGAUUUGCGGUGCACUGCUUCCGCUGAUUAUAACUUUUGGACAUAAGCACUAGCAUAGGCGAACAAACAUUUUUGACAAAUAGGAUGAAGUAAAAGUUAAGGGUUUAAUCUCUCGGAUAACAAUUAUUUACUUUAAAUGCAUUGCACAAUGAAUUUUCAUUUAAGAAAUUAUAGUAUAAAAGGUUCCAAUUUAUGUCUAGUUUGGCACCGACGUCAACUUUUUUUUUAGUUUUCUGUAUAUUUUACUGAUUUAAGAGGCCGAGAAUGCAAAUAAAGCAUGCCUAGUGCGGAAGAUCAAACAAAAAAUAA